AUGGAAUCGGCAACAUGGCCGACCGUCUGCCUCGACUUCGCCCGGCGCGAGAUGGUCAUCGUACCCAUCCUGUCCUUCGUCUCGUCGCUAGUCAAAGGUCUCAGCGGCAUGGGCGAGGCCCUGGUGUAUGGCUCGGGCUGGCAGCUCUUCGCCCUGGCCGGCUUCCAGGAGAUGGAGAAUCUCGGGCUGCUUGCAGGGCUCAUCUGCGUCAUGCAGUGCGCCUCGACCGCUUUACUGGCCAUGCAGAAUGGCCGGGAGUGGUGGUGGUACGCGAAGCCCGGGGCCAUCUUCAGCGUGGCCAUGCUGGUGCUGUCUCCUGUGGGCAACCACGUGAGGGAGGUCGCGCCCACCGAGACGAUUCAACUCGUGCUGGCUCUGACGUUCCUGACCUUCGCCCUGGCCAAGCUGGCCUUCGAUGGGCUGGUGGCCCUGUGGCGGGCAAAGGCUGUCCAGGGGGCUGGCUCGGAUGCGGAUCCGCCGAAGCAAGUACAUGGUGCCGUUUGCACUGAAGGCGCCGAAGGAGCGCCGGCGGUAGAAGAGGCCGCUGAGGCUGAGAAGACAGAGAAGCCGAGGCUCCCUCCAGCUCCCGCGUGGCUACUGCGAGCACUGCCGGGCGUAGGCUUGGUGGGUGGCUUCCUUGGCGGACUGUGCGGCAUGAAUGGCCCGCCCUUCAUCCUCCUCACUGCCAUCACCGGCCUUGACAAAGUCAUUGCGCGCAACGUUUUCCCCAUGGGCCAGGCGGUAGAGGUUUGGGCCUUUCGUCUGCCCAUGCUCCUGGUCUUGGGCAGAAUACAGCUGGUCGAUUCCCACAUCUACGUUGUCAGCUUCCUCGCUGGAUCCCUGGGCUUGUGGGCGGGCAAUACCCUCGCACCGUAUGUGUCGCAGCGCUGGUUCGAGCGAGCGCUGCUGCUUUUCCUCGUGCUGUCCUCGCUGAGCGUGCUUGGCGUCUUCGAAGGCAGCCUCGCCAGUCUCGCCGCCCUUGCCGCCUCAAUCGCCGUGGCUGGAGCUCGUUUGCUUUGCGCCUGGCGGACGCGAGGGAAGGCGCACACUUGA